UCCAGCUCCCACUGCCCCACCACUCCAAGUCGAGUCAAACCUCUCCUCUCUUCUCUUCUUCCCCCAAACUCGAACCCUCCUCCCCCUCAAUCCGAUCGCCCAAUUCCCUUCUUCCGGGACCUCCCACCUUCUUCUAUUCUCUUCCCGCCGCCGCGGCUUCAGUCCCUCGGCGUCGGCGGCGCAGCGCAUCGAGGCCGGAGCUGGGCAUGGACGUCGGCGGAGGCGGAAAAUUAGUGUUUCCAGCUCGGUGAAAAACUUAGGGGAAACGAGGAAUUGCGAGAAAAAGGUUUCUCUGUAGAAAUGGCAGAAAAUUGGGAUGGUAACUACGAUUCUGGUAACCUUUCAGAGGAGAGCCAUCGUGAUAAUUUACGUGUCGAACCUAUUUAUGAAGCAUUUCUUUGUCCACUUACAAGACAAAUUAUGCGAGAUCCAGUUACCAUAGAGAAUGGGCAGACUUUUGAGCGAGAAGCAAUUGAGGAAUGGUUUAAGAAAUGCAGGGACAGCAGAAGGAGGCCAACCUGCCCAUUGACACAUAAAGAAUUAAAGAGCACAGAGUUAAACCCCAGUAUAGCUCUUAGGAAUACCAUUGAAGAAUGGACUAAAAGAAAUGAAGCCGCUCAGCUUGAUAAAGCAUGCAGAAUACUGUCACUUGGGAGCUCUGAAGUUGAUAUUUUGCAGUCACUUGACGAUAUUUCAUAUAUUUGCCAGAAAAGCAAAUCAAGUAAACAUGCUGUGCGGAAUGCAGAGUUAAUACCAAUGAUUUCUGACAUGCUGAAGAGUGGCAGCAGGAAAGUACGAUUUGAAUCACUAAAAACUCUUCGUAUUGUAGCUGAAGAUGAUGAUGAUAAUAAGGAAGCAAUUGCUGCAGGGGACAACAUCCGAACAAUUGUGAAAUUUCUGUCACGUGAGCAUUCACAAGAGAGAGAAGAAGCUGUCUCAUUAUUAUAUGAGCUUUCAAAAUCUGAAUCUUUAUGUGAAAAGAUUGGAGGAGUAAGUGGAGCAAUACUUAUAUUGGUAGGAAUGGCAAGUAGCAAAUCAGAGAACUCUUUGACUAUAGAAAGAGCUGAUAAAACAUUGGAAAAUCUAGGAAAAUUUGAAAACAAUGUGAGGCAAAUGGCAGAAAAUGGCAGAUUGCAACCACUUCUUACUCUUCUUCUUGAAGGAUCACCUGAAACACAACUCUCAAUGGCUGCCUACCUUGGAGAGCUUGUUUUGAGCAAUGAUGUGAAAGUUUUUGUAGCCCAGACAGCUGGUUCGAUACUUGUUGAAGUCAUGAGAAGUGGGAGCAAACAAGCGAGAGAAGCUGCCCUCAAGGCUUUGAACCAGAUAUCCUCUUAUGAGACUAGUGCAAAGAUACUUAUCCAUGCUGGCAUCCUUCCACCACUUGUCAAAGACCUUUUUACUGUCGGUGUGAACCAGUUACCUAUGAGAUUGAAAGAGGUAUCUGCAACAGUUCUUGCCAACAUUGUGUCCUCAGGUGCUAAUUUUGAGAAAAUACCUCUUGAUCAAGAUCAUCGUACUUUGGUUUCUGAAGACAUUGUUCACAAUCUUCUUCAUCUAAUCAGCAAUACCGGGCCUGCAAUUGAAUGCAAACUCCUUCAGGUGCUUGUUGGGCUUACUAGUUCUUCAAGCACUUGUAUUGAUAUAGUUGCUGCCAUAAGAAGCUCUGGCGCUACCAUUAGUAUUAUUCAGUUCGUUGAAGCGCCACAAAGAGAUGUUCGAGUGGCUGCUAUAAAACUCUUGCAUAAUAUCUCUCCUUUUAUGGGUCAAGAGCUAGCUGAUGCUCUUCGUGGCGCUGCUGGCCAGCUCAGCAGCUUGAUCAGUGUCAUUGCAGAGAACAAUGGGAUCUCAGAAGAGCAAGCAGCUGCUGUUGGGCUCCUUGCUGGCCUUCCUGAGAGUGACUCUGUUUUAACCAGGCGGCUCUUGGAUGAAGGAGCCUUCAGGAUAGCCUCCUCGAAGGUGACCAGCAUCAGGCAAGGGAUAACUCGUGGGGGUCGUUUUUUCACUCCUUUUCUUGAAGGGCUUGUUAAUGUUUUCUCGAGGCUUACAUACAUUCUAGAGGGUGAUCCAGAGAUCCUUGCCCUAGCUCGCGAGUAUAAUCUUGCUGCAGUUUACAUUGAUCUGCUUCAGAUGAAUGGCCUUGACAAAGUUCAAAGGGUUUCUGCUCUGGCACUGAGAAACCUCUCAAGGCAGUCAAAACACUUAACAAGAUUGCCAGUCGUUCCAGAGCCAGGAUUUUUCUGCUCUAUAUUUCCUUGUCUUGGUAGUCAACCAAUCAUAACUGGUUUGUGCCGCAUCCAUCAUGGUUUCUGUUCUGUAAAAGAAAGCUUUUGUUUGUUGGAAGGGAAAGCAGUAGAGAAGUUGGUUGCUUGUCUAGACCAUACUAAUGAGAAGGUUGUCGAGGCUGCCUUAGCAGCUUUAUGCACUCUGUUGGACGAUGAUGUGGACAUCAACCAAGGAGUAUCCAUCUUGGAUUCUGCAGAAGGAAUUAAACCAAUUCUAGAGAUAUUACGGGAGAAUCGCACGGAGGCACUGCGGCAGCAAGCUGUGUGGGCGGUGGAGAGAAUUUUGAGGAAAGAAGAGAUAGCAUAUGAGAUUUCAGGGGACCAAAAUGUGGGCACUGCAUUGGUCGAAGCAUUCAGACACGGGGACCAUAGGACAAGGCAGAUCGCUGAGCGGGCACUGAAGCAUGUUGACAAGCUCCCAAACUUUUCUGGCAUUUUCACUAAGAUGGGGCAAUAAGAGGUUGAAAGAUAAAGUUCUUUUGGAAAGAGGAUUCUAUAUUUCAAUUAUUCGAGAUCUCUGAUCAGACCGCAUGGUGAUCCACAAACAAAUGGGUUGCAUAAGAAGUGCCAAAUGAUGCACGCAAGUUAGCUUCCCAUGACAACAUCCAUGUGCUAAUGGCUUCAACAGAGUUUGUAAAUGGAUUUUCUAAGUAAAUUUCUGCUUUCUAGCAUUAUUGUUGCGAAUCGGUCAGAGAUCGUUAUGUUCAUAUUCUUCUGUCACGACUGGCUUGGUGAAAGUUGUGGAGUUCUACAAGUUUAUCUGUGAUAGUAGAUUGUUUGGUUUGCAAA